GGCCGUGCGCCAUUCACCUAAAGAAACAUUGGGAGCCAAAAUCAGAUUUCGAUUGUAGUAAGUUCUACUUCGAAGGAAAAAGAAAAAAGAAAAAAAUCAAGUAAGAUUAGAAGGUGCAGUGAUUUGAAUUUGUCUUGAGUUGGAGCUCAAAAUUAAGAAAAUGGCUGACGAAUCAUCGAAUUCAAUCAAGUUGAUGAACUUCGUCUCAGAGCAACAGUUAGAUGAAGCAAAAAGAACAAGAGGUGAACGAAUUGAAGAUGGCACUGCCCAAAGGGAUAGGCCUCUUUACGAGAUUUUGAAAGAGAAUAAAGACAAGAAAGAUGCUGAGUUUAAUGAACGGUUCAAACACAGGCCACCCAAACCUUUGGAUGAAGACGAAACUGAGUUUCUUGAUAAUUUGGAAACGUCAAGAAGGGAAUAUGAACGACAAGUGGCAGAUGAGGAAGCUGAACAGCUUCGAAGUUUCCAAGCAGCUGUGGCAGCACGGUCAAAUAUUGUGCAUGAACUUAAAGAAACACCGCCUGUUCCUGCAAGCCAGGAACAUAAAUCAGUUGGGAGGAAGAAUCCAGCAACUCGCCCUCUAAGUAUGAUCAUAAAAGUCAAGCCACAAGCAAAAAAGGCAAAAAUUGACCAGGAGAAAGAACUGCCUAACACAAUAAGAGCACCUGAUGUUGAUACUGUGAAAACUCCAAAUCCUUUGAACACACCUAAUGGUGAUACCAACAAGUCUGUUGAUGUUGCUAAGACAGGUCUUGUUUCAUACAGUGAUGAAAGUGAAGAUGAUUAGUGUUCUUAUAUCCAAUAUCAGUGGAGUUACCAAGCUA